CACUAUAUAAACGAGAUCACAGAUAUUCUCGUUUCAGUAUCAAUCAAAAUGCUAGCGAAAACUUUAAAAUUAGUUUUUAUAUUAUCAACUAUUAAUCUUAUUGUUAGUGCAAUUCAAUCUACAAAAACCACUAAAGAAUGCGAAAGAAAUGAAAUUUCGGAUUGCGUCGUUUUCGGUGAAAUCCACGUAAAAACUUUCGAUGGAAACGUUUAUAAUUUUGAAUCAACGUGUGAAUACAAAUUGGUAUCGAUUGAAUCUGCAAAAUUAGACGUUAAUUUAUUGAGAGAUCCAACAGCUUUACAAAUUAAAUAUUCCGGGAAUAUUUAUACAUUAACUAUAUCAGAAUCUUUGAUUCAUUUUACAAAAGAUGGAUUUGAAUACAACAUCCCACAUAAUUUUGAUGAAUUAAUUAUUUCAAAACCUGGAAGAAUGGUUGUUAUCGAACUCAAUGAUAUUGGGAUGCGAAUUAGAUUCGAUGGAAAUACGGUUCAAAUAGUGCAAGAUAACGAAAAUUUCGAUCAUAAAAUGAUAGGUUUUUGUGGAAACAAUGAUGGCUGCGCCGAUAACGAUCUGAUAACAGCAGAUGGAAAUACAACAGACUCCCAAAUUUGUUACGCAAAUAGUUGGACUUUAGAUCUUUGUAAAACCGAACCUUUCGAAAACGAUUGUGGGGAUGACGAUAAUUUAAACGCAGAAGCUUUAAAUUAUUGCACCGAUCUUUUCGCGUUGAAACAAUUCUCAGAAUGUUGGGAUUAUUCGGUUGAUUUCCGAGAUAUUUGUAUUUCGUUAUAUUGCGAAUGCAAACUUCUUAAUCGAAGGGAAUGUAUGUGCGAUAUGUUAGAUGCCUUUGUUAAAACUUGCAAUGUUAACACAAAUACAGCUACGGAUUGGAGAGAUGAAGAUUUAUGCCCAAUUAAUUGCACAAAUAUCGAUAAAAAAUUUUAUCCAUGUGCCCCAAAUGAUGGACAAAUAUCUUGCGGAGAUGAUAAAAUCGAACAUUCAUCACAACAUAGUUGUGAAGAAGGUUGUUAUUGCCCACCGGGUAUGAAACUUCACGAAGGGAAAUGUAUUUAUGCUGAAGAUUGUCCGUGUUAUCGAGAUGGGAAAUGGUACGAACCUGGGUCAUCUGUCCCAGAUUUGCCUCCUCAAGAAUGUAAUACAUGUGUUUGUGAAAACGGGCAAUGGCAAUGCACAGAAAAAAUUUGUACUGACGAAGGAGGAUGUUGGGGAGAUCCUCAUUUCACCACUUUCGAUGGAAGAAAGUACGAUUUUAUGGGAAAAUGUUCUUAUUAUGUUGUUAGAGGGAACGGAUUUGAUAUUAUAUGUGAUCAUUUUAUACGAAGAUCGAAUGCAUUUGUG